GGGGACUACGAUCGGUCCAUAUAUAUAUAUAUGGAGAAAAUAAUAAUGGUAAGAAAUAUAUUGAUUUUAGCUGGGGGUGGCAAUUCGUGUUCGCGGGUGGUGUCGUGUCGAGACUCAUGUAUAACAGGUUUUAAUUCGUGUCAUCGUAUCUGAGCCGUUUUGCCGACUGCUCGUAUAAAGAAGGCUCUCCCAGUUCCAGGAAGGAUCUGCCCUUGGAAUAUUCAAGAUUUACAUCAAUAACGCAUGGAAUGACGUAACGUUGCUCUUGAUUUACCUUUGGAUCAGGGUAGGAAGGAGCAUUAAUUAUAUAUAUCAAUAAUAAAUAGGGAAUUUGAAUAUGUGGUACUGGUGGUUCUCAUUUCUCAGACGUACACAUCCACCGAGGAGAGGCUGUAACUUUUGUUUGGAUUUACAUUAUUUGUCUUUUUUUCAUUCUCAUUAGAAAAUACUACAUCACUAGCAUUUAUCUUUUAUGUCAGAGACAAAACAGUGUAGAAGUGGCCAUAUUAUACACAUAGCUUCUUUUCCCAUCUAUAUAUACUCUCACAGACAGUCAUUCGUUUUUAUAAAUUGUAAUAAAAAGAAAAGUAAGAGAACAGUUAAGCAGAGAGCUGAAAAUGAAGAAAGGAGAACUAGUUUUCGUUCCUUUUCCGGGUGUGGGCCACAUCGUGUCAUCGUUGGAGAUGGCAAAGCAUCUCGUUGAUCAAGAUCAUCGUCUUUCCAUCUCAAUCCUCAUCAUAAAAAUGUCCGGCUUUGAUUCCCCCAACAAAUCCUACAUGCAAUCUUUUGGCUCCAUCUCCGAACGCAUCAGGUUUAUCGAACUCCCUGAAGAUCAUGACAAAGAAGCCCAAAGUUUUAGAAAUUCAAAUCCUAUUCAGUUCAUCAAUUCGUUCUUCGAAAAUCUCAAACCUUACGUUCGAAACGCUGUGAAGAACCUCAUCGACUCCUUUUCGACUCGACCCGACUCGCCUACGCUGGCUGGUUUGGUCAUCGACAUGUUCUGCACUGCCAUGAUUGACGUUGCCGACGAGUUUGGGGUCCCAUCCUAUGUCUUUUUCACGUCUGGAGCCGGCUUUCUACGCCUCGUAACUCAUCUCGAAUCCCAAAGUACCCUCCAAAACAAAGACAUUACCGAAUAUAAAGAUCAACCGGAUGCAGAGCUUAUCAUUCCGGGUUUCUUUAACCCGGUUCCUUUGAAGGUUUUACCCGAUGUGCUACUGGACAAGGAAGCUCGCCCCUUGGUUUUCGGUCAGUACAAAGAUAUGAAAAGAACCAAAGGAUUUUUGGUAAAUACGUUUAUGGAGUUAGAGUCCAACAUGAUUGAAUCUUUAAUUGAAGAUAAGUUAAUCCCACCAAUUUACCCUGUGGGACCCAUUAUAAAUCUUAACCCUUCUCAAGGCGAUAAACAACUUGGUGGGACCGACCACAAGGAAGCUAACAUCGUGACGUGGCUAGAUAGCCAGCCUAUGUCGUCAGUAGUGUUCUUGUGCUUUGGGAGCAUGGGAAGCUUUGAUGAGGAUCAAGUCAAAGAAAUAGCGAAGGGAUUAGAGAUGAGCGGGGUUCGGUUUCUGUGGUCUUUAAGAAAACCUCCGCAAAAAGGUGAGUCUAUCGUACCAAAAGAGUUCCUGGAUUUAAACGAAGUUCUUCCAGAAGGAUUUCUCGAUCGAACGGCUGAGGUCGGAAAGGUCAUAGGGUGGGCUCCACAGGUGACUAUCCUGGCUCACCCUUCAGUUGGAGGAUUCGUGUCUCAUUGUGGAUGGAAUUCUACCCUAGAGAGCUUGUGGUUUGGGGUGCCAAUAGCCACUUGGCCGUUGUAUGCAGAACAACAAAUCAACGCUUUCAAGCUAGUGAAAGAGUUCAGAUUAGCGGUGGAGAUUAGACUGGAUUACAAGAAGAGUAAUUAUAAUAGGUCUGAUCAUGUUGAGAAUCAAGCUGAGAUAUUGAUUGUGAAAGCCGAAGAAAUAGAGCUUGGGAUUCGAAGGGUAAUGGAGGCUGAUAAUGAUAUUAGGAAGAGAGUGAAGGAAAUAAGUGAAAAGGGCAAGAAAGCCUUGUUGGAGGGUGGAUCUUCAUACACUUCGUUGUGUCGUUUUAUAACAGAUGUGACAGAUAAUAUGCCUUAAAAAUAUCAUAUGAAGUAUGAUAACAUGAAAAUUGUUAAGCACCACUCAUGUUUUUAAUUAGCAUUUCUUUUUCUGUAAUAGGUAUGUUUUAUAAAGUACUUAUUGGUAGACCGAGACUUCUUUCAUGGUUGUAUUCAAUACGGACAAAUAUUAGAGGAAUUUUUUUUUUUUUUAUAUAUUUUGUAUAUAUUUAUUUGAAUUGUUCACAAAUUAAAUGCACUAAAAGUAAAUUACUAUAGAGAA